AUGACCUUAUCAAUUAGAAAGGAAAUUCUUGGUUUCACACAAAGAGAAGGAGAAGCUUUUCAUGAAUGUUGGGAGAGGUACAAGGAGAUGAUAAGUUCUUGCCCACACCACAACAUAGAGAGUUGGAUGCAAAUGCAAUCUUUCUAUGAAGGUUUGCUUGAUUCCGAAAGGAUGAUGGUAGAUGCAACAAGUGGAGAAGGACUGAUGAACAAAACAGCAGAUGAGGCUUUUACUCUAUUUGAAUCCUUGAGUGCUAACUCUCAACAACGGAGCCACAAUAAAGGAAGAGUAGCUCCUAUGAAAGCUGUGGUCUCUGAGGUUAUUGAUGGCAAUACUUGGAUCUGA